GAUAUCCGGUCAAAGGAGACGACAUCCGAUCGACGCCGGUGACAUGCGCCCGCCUCCUUCAUCUGAGACUGCUCAUUGGCUGAACGUGCUGUCAAUCACUCCUCUUUGACUUCUGCUUGGGUUUCCAAAAGGCGUGUGCUCCACUUGAAAUCAUUUACUCAUCUCACAUUGGCCAAUCCGCCUGUCAAUUUUCACUCUGACGCGUCACAUGCCCACUCCAACAUGGCCGCCACCACAGCGCGUGAAGCUCAAAUAAAUAGUUCAGAAAACAGCAUGCACGUAAAGAAAGCUUUAUCUGCAGCGUCGCCUCUUACUUUGAAAAUUGUAGCCGAGUGUCCAGUGACAAAAGCCAGAGCAUGUGAGUUAAUAUUGCCCCACAGCCCGGUGAGCACCCCGGUUUUUAUGCCUGUGGGCACCCAAGGAACCAUGAAGGGGAUCACUGUGGAUCAGCUGGAUGCCCUGGGGUGCCAGAUCUGCCUGGGGAACACGUACCACCUGGGCAUGAGACCGGGCCCAGAACUAAUAGAAAAGGCCAAUGGUUUACAUGGGUUCAUGAACUGGAAAAGAAAUCUCCUGACUGACAGUGGAGGAUUUCAGAUGGUGUCUCUUGUGGAGCUGUCAGAAGUUACAGAGGAAGGAGUCAAGUUUAAAUCUCCCUACGAUGGCAAAGAGAUUCUACUUACCCCAGAAAAGUCUAUCAGCAUACAGAACAGUUUAGGCUCUGAUAUUAUGAUGCAAUUGGACGAUGUGGUGAGCAGCACAGUGACAGGCCCCAGAGUGGAGGAGGCCAUGCACAGAUCUAUUCGAUGGCUGGAUCGUUGUAUAGCGGCCAAUAAGAAUGCACACAAACAGAAUCUAUUUGCCAUUAUCCAGGGAGGACUCAACGCACAACUGCGGAAAGCCUGUGUGGAUGAAAUGACCAAACGUGAUGUUCCUGGUUUUGCCAUCGGAGGUUUAAGUGGAGGAGAGGAGAAGGAUGACUUUUGGAGAAUGGUUACUUUAAGCACAGACCACCUUCCUAGAGAGAAGCCCAGAUACCUUAUGGGAGUGGGGUAUGCUGUUGAUCUAGUCGUGUGUGUGGCUUUGGGGUGUGAUAUGUUUGACUGUGUCUUUCCAACUCGUACAGCGAGGUUUGGCUCAGCGUUAGUGCCUUGGGGGUCUCUCCAGGUGAAGCAAAAACAAUAUGCUAAAGACUUCACGCCUAUAGAUCCAGACUGUGAAUGUCCCACCUGUAAAAGACACAGCCGGGCUUACCUCCACGCUCUGUUCAAGAACGACACUGCAGCUAUGCAUCACAUCACCAUCCAUAACAUCAGCUACCAGCUCACACUGAUGCGCUCUGUUCGCCAAAGCAUUGUGGACGGUCGUUUUCCAGAGUUUAUACGGACAUUCAUGAAGAGAAUGUUUUCUUCUCCAGACCAGUAUCCCAGCUGGGCAGUGGACGCCCUGGCAUCUGUCAACAUCACACUGGAUUAAGGACUGCAAAAGACCAACACAAUUUUUCAUGUCAUAUCACAACAUUUUAAUUGGACUUGUGUAAGACUGAGAGGCAGGCAGGUGGUAGCUGUUAUUUUUUUUUCUAAUGUAUCUAUGAAUGUUUAUUAUCCAGCUCAGACCUGCUGCAGCCUUUCACCUCCUAACUCAAUUUUAAACUAAAAUUUCAAACUCAAUUUCAGUAAUAAGUAAUAGACUUGAUACUCAGAGCAGAUUUCAAUACCACCAUGAUCAUUUAAAAAAAACGCUCUAUGAACAAUAGUAAUUUUCAGCACAAAAUAAUAGCACUUUGCUUAUGGAACCAUGUGGUAUCAUACUAGUGCUGGUAAAGCUUAUCACUACUCGUCACUACACAGCUUUUGUAUAAUCCUGUUAUAAAACUGUUCAGAAAGGUAGCAUUUUUCAGCCAAUAUGUUUUCAAUGAGUAUUUAGUACUGAAAACUACUUUUAGUAUUGAUGGUAUAUGAUUUCUGAUACUUCUGACUUCUUGUUCCAUUUCAUUAAUAUUGUCUAAGCCAUCGUAUCUGAAAACAUGAAAACAUCUGAUUUGUAUUUUAACUUGGGAUCAAACUUUUUUUAUGCAUUUUGAGUCAGUUUUUUACUAUCUGUAUUGGUUGUUUCAUAUAAAACAGAUUAUGUCUAAAUUA